AUGGCCGAUACAAGCAUGAAGCAGCCCCUGAUAGACGAAACUGGCAACCCCGAAGGCUACAUCAACUUGGCCGAGUAUGACGCAACCAUGAUGGAGUGGCCUGGGAUUGCCAUCGCAAACAUCUACACGGGCGCAGCUUGUGAUGUGAAUGCCCUGACAACAGCCGUUCAAAACGUGGUCGCCAAACACCCGAUCGAUCCUGGGCUUGCUGAUGGUGCGGCGGCGCAGUAUGCGGAGAGCCUCUCCCGGCUCUUUGCGACACCCUCGGACAUGGAGGAGCGCUGCAAUGCUCUUCACCCAUGGAUUAUGCCGUCGGUCGAAAGACGGUUCGAGUUCCACCACAACUGGGCCAUGGAGACGAUGCGUGCGGGUCCGCGCCAGCGCACCUUUGACCUGCUCAACGAGUCGUUUGCGGCGCACGGCCCUGCGGAGAAGAAAUUCAAGGGCCUCGCCUCGCUGUACUACAACGGCUCCACGCCGACAGCGCUUCUCCUUUGGGCUGGCGGCGCCAAGUCGAUGGAGGGGCUCGCGGCACCAGCCCUAGCCGCGAUGGCACGUCACCAGGCGGAUCUGCUCCCGCGACUGAGCGAACCAGUCCACCUCUUUUGGACAAUGCUCGACUUCCCCAUACUCGGCCGCCGCAGAGAGAGGCGGAACAAGCACCGGCUGCCGCAUUUCACAAUGUGCGGCCAGCGGACGCAAGCCGAGAUCCCGGUGCCAGACUUCACUUUCCAUUCGUACGGCAAGCUGAGCGGCCGCGAGCCUAACACCAGCUGGGCUGCCAUCUCGCGCCGCUUGAGACAGGGUGCCGAAGGCAGGCAGGCGUGGAGGCUGCGACAGCGCCGCCUCACCUUUCGCGGCACCGUCUCGGGCUCGCGGGUGAGGCGCGCGCUCGUGCCGAACCUGGUGGCAUGUGCGCGAAACGAGACGGCCGUGCCACUAGACGUGCAGGACACGUGCUGCGGCGCCCGCAAGCGCGCGUAUCGCCUCAACCUGACGGAGCAAUGCCGCUCGCGCUACCUGCUGCAUCUCGAGGGCAACGCUUACUCGGCGUCGCUCAAGUACAAGCUCGCUUGCGGCUCGCUUGUGCUGCUGAUCGACUCCUCCUGCGAGGAGUUCUACUACCCAGCGCUGCAGGCCCACAAGACGCACGUGCCGAUCCGGCUCUCCAAGAUAUGGAGCAAGAAUGAAGAUCUUAUCACGCGCGACUUUCGCACAAAGUUGCUGCCAGAUCUGCGGGCAAAGCUCGCCUACUACGAGAGCGCCGAGGGCGAGGCAGCGGCGGCGCGCAUCGCCGCCGCCGGGCAGCGCUUUGCCGCCGAGCAGCUGGGCCAAGGUGCGAUAAGCUGCUACUGGUACGCCGUGCUCCGGCACUCCCUUCUCCUGCAGCACGCGCAGCACCCGGGCGGGCAGCACGCCACGCCCGAGUCCAGGGCCGAGCACGAGGCGGACGUGGCGGCCUUUAUGGGCUCGAUGCGCUACAACAUCAAGCUCGAGUACACGGAGGCCGGCGGCUUCCGCGUGACGCCGCUCUGCCACCGGAACGAAGGUGGCUCCUCUGAGAGCGGGGUCACGUGCUACAAGUACAGGAGGAACGACUGGAGGCGGCGCUAG